CCUCAGAUCCUAGUAUCUCUAAAGUUAUGGGUCCACAGAUUCCUAUUUUUGGAUCUCAAGAUCUACAUCCAUAGAUCCUUUGAUCUUCAGAUGUCUACAUUCACACAUACUCAGAUCCCAGUAUCUCUACAUCCAUGGAUUCACAGAUCUCUGGAUCUUUGGAUCUCUAGACCCAGGAUCUUUGGAUCUCUACAUCCUUGGAUUCUUGGAUCAGGCAAUCAACCAUUUUACAUCCACAAAUCCACAGAUCCUAAUAUCUGCAGAUCCUCAAAUCUAGGGAUUCUUACAAAAAAAAAUCUACCCUGUGUUGUUUCUGAAAUCCCUGGGCCCCCUUGUCAUGAAUAUAUGUAUCCUUGUAUCCAUGUAUAUGUGUAUUCUUGUAUUCAUGUAUAUGCAUAUUCUUGGAUUCAUGUAUCCAUGUAUACAUAUAGAUAUAUGUCUAUUCUUGUAUUCAUGCAUAUGCAUAUUCUUGGAUUCAUGUAUCCAUGUAUACAUAUAGAUAUAUGUCUAUUCUUGUAUUCAUGCAUAUGCAUAUUCUUGUAUAUAUGUAUCCAUGUAUACUCAUAUUCUUGUAUUCUUGUACUGGAUGACUUUCUGUAA